UUUUCUCCUUGGCAUCUUCUCCAACACCAGUCGAUUCUAAUCUCUGUUGCUAUCAUCAGGAAUCAGUAACAUGCACCCAAACGAAAAAAAUAAACUAUGAACAGCUAAAAAUGAUUAUCUCCUAUACAUGCACUCCCUUGUAUUGUAUACCACUUCCAACCCACUCCAUGCCAAACCCCACCAAAAUAUAAAGAACACCCCAACUUCAUUUUUUACUCACUGCCAAAUGGGUAGGCAAGCUAAUUAUCCUACUACCACUGUGAACUCCUCCAUUGCUCUUCUUCAAGAAAGGUUUAGACAGUUGGAGAAGGUCAAAGAAAGAAGAGAGGGCAAACAACUCCUUAAACUCUUAUCAUCUGAGAACACUUCAUCAUCUAUUAUGCAGAACCCCUCAUCACAGAACUCUCAACAACAACAACAACAACCAAGAAUUGUGCCUCCUCUACAUAGGCCAAUUCUCCAUGAUUCUCUUUCUCUUGGCCUCAACUUCUCCACACAAGGUGAUCACAACACCAUGAACACGAAACCACCACCUUCCUCCAAUCUAUGGCCUCAGGGAUCACCAACAUCAAGAAAUUUUGAUACCUCAGACGUUGAUACUUCUCUUCAUCUGUAAAUAUGUUUACUACUACUACUACUUGUCUCUGCUUCCCUGGUACCUAUAUAGAUGUAUAAUAAUAACCCUGUGUUCUGCAUCUUUUUGUAUCAGUAAUCAAGGAGGAUUUGUAUCAGUUAUGCUUCUUUUUUUCCCUCGAAAGUAUGUGAAUAACUUGUGUAAUUCGUUUUCAUAGGCCAGAAAAUUGAAUUUUGGGGUUGCAUGUUCUCAAAAACAUAACUUAUUAUUCCG